AUGGUAUUGAUUGUUCAUGGUUUUCCAAAUAGUACAUCUGCACUUAGGUUUGAGUGGGCUUGGCAACAUCCUCAAGUCAGUAGACGUUUAAAACAUGUACCUAAGAAAAAGUCACGACAGAAAACAUUUGAAUACUGUUUGUUAGUUUUGUCAGAAAUGUUAAAAGUUGGUCCAUGGUGUCGUUUACCUUUAACAAUACGCUGGUUAGAUUAUGAGUUUUUUGAAGAAUAUUCAAGACAUGUUUCAGCUCCAAUGCAUAUGCCCAUAUGCUGUGGAAAAGUAAUUUCCCAAAAGAUUGGGAAGACAAAUAAUGAAGGACAAAUAUUAGAUGAAUUAACUAUGUUUUGUUCUGUAUGUGACUCAUUAUUAAAUGAAAAAGAAUCAAUUUGCUGUAUAAAACCUAGUUGUUUGUUAGUAGCUCAUUUAAUUUGUUUAGCAAAAUUAUUUUGUCAAGAUAAUAUGAUUUUACCAAUUGAAGGCACUUGCCCUGCUUGUAAUACCAGUGUCUUAUGGGGAGAUUUAAUUAGAAAAAAGAUAGGUUGUUAUGAAAAUUUAAAAGAAACAUCUUCUAGUGACAAUGAUAGUAAUUUUUAA